CACUCUCUCUCUCUCUCACACACACUCUCUCUCACACACUCUCUCUCUCACACACACUCUCUCUCUCACACACAUACACUCUCUCUCUCUCACACACACUCUCUCUCACACACUCUCUCUCACACACACUCUCUCUCUCACACACAUACACUCUCUCUCUCACACACACACACACACACACACACACUCUCUCUCUCACACACACACUCUCUCACUCUCUCUCUCUCUCUCACACACACUCUCUCUUCCUCUCACACUCUCUCUCUCUCUCACACACUCUCUCUCUUCCUCUCACACUCUCUCUCUCUCUCUCUCUCUCACACACACACACUCUCUCUCUCUCUCUCUCCCUCCCUCUCACACUCCCUCUCUCUCUCCCUCUCUCUCACACACACACACACACACACACACACACUCUCUCUCUCUUCCUCUCACACUCCCUCUCUCUCUCUCCCUCUCUCUCUGUCUCUCUCUCUCUCUCUCUCUCUCUCUCUCUCACACACACACACACACACACUCUCUCUCUUCCUCUCACACUCCCUCUCUCUCUCUCCCUCUCUCUCUGUCUCUCUCUCUCUCUCUCUCACACACACACACACACACUCUCUCUCUCUCUCAGCAGCAGCAGCAGUGUGAGAACCGGAGCGGAGCGCGUGCGGAUUAAUAACCGGGAACCGGGAGCUGAGUGAAGAUGGCCUGUGCAGAAGAUGAGUUUUCUCUUCAUGGUGAAUGUCGGAGGUGUCCACGCUGUCCCCCAGGAUAUGAACUGAAACAGGAUUGUGGCUAUGGGGUGGGCAGUGCCAGUGUGUGUGGUGUGUGCGAUCAACGCUGGUUUAAGGAGGACUGGGGCUCUCACUUGUGCCGGAUGUGUCAGAACUGUGGCCGACUUAACAGACAGGAACUCACACCAUGCACACACACACACAACGCUGUGUGUGGAGAUUGUCUGUUUGGGUUCUACAGUAAAAGGCGAUUGGAUGGACUGCAGGAUUUGGAGUGUUUGCCUUGUGGUUCUGCUCACAUCAAACACACACAGUGCGAAACUAAAUACACCACUGUUAAAGCCUGGAGUUCAGAAGCCACUCCCCUCAAUGCUGCUACGAUGACGACUGCUUGUGUGAUGGCUGUUGCCGUGGCAACCAUUUUAUUGAUCAUUAUGGCUCUGACAUUCAGAAGAUUUAACACACUCUGGAAAACAUUUAAAGGCUGUUUAUCACCCCGCAGUCAUCGUGACAUUGGGUCUGCCUCUGUUUCUGUAGCAACGGGGUACAUCGUGACCCAGGAAGCAGAAUAUGGUUGCUUGGAGUUCACUGCCACCUCACUUCCUGCGGGACACAGCACCCUCAGUGACAUCACUUCCUGCAGGGUUGUCACACAAGUGACAGGGUCACAUGAUGGCGCAUCAGGGUGGGCGGGGCAUGGCCCAGUGGAGUGCACAGAGCGGGAGAUAUUACAUGGAGAGAAGAGGAUGGGGACAUCUGAUGUCUCGCGUGGAACAGAAAACACGAGCACGUCGCUACAGGGCGUGUGUUUACGUUCACUUUCACACCAGGAACAUCCACCAGGAGCUGAUGCUACAGCUAAUACCGCUAAUAACGCGUGUUAAUGUAGCUCAUCAUGCUAACUGCAGCACCACAACGCUCAGUCUAUUACAAGUCCAUUCAUCAUGCUAACACUAGCAGCAGAAUGAGUAUUAGCACUGCUCAUGUUCACAAACAUUUCUACUGGAUGUAUUAUUUGGGAUGCUACUGCUAAAAUUGUGAGCUGCUAGCUGCUGAACAAGCCCAACGUGAUCGGUGAUGAUUUUUGUGAUGAAGUUCUGUGACAUUUCUGAAACCUGUUGUUGAAUUUUUCAGUCAUUACAGUAACAAUGUUAAAUGUGAUACUUGUGCUAGUGAUGUUGCUAAUUAGCAUAAUGCUAACAUGGAUAAUUUUAUAAAUAGCUAUUUCGCUGCUCAUAUGCUAACUGCAGAUCUAGUGUCAUGCUAAUAUUAAACAUAAACGUUUGUAAGUAUUUAAUAAUAGUUAGAUAGUAAACUAGCAUCAUAAAAGAUAAACAGAGAAGCUAAACAUGCUAGCGACUGAGCAUCAUUCCAUUUCUGACCAGAAAUAAAUUUUUAACACUUUUUUUUUUGCAUUUAUUAACUUGUUUUUCAUUUUAUUAACUUUGAAACAUUUGCAUGUAAUUUUCAUAUAAACACUAAUUUUACAAACUUUGGAUGAAGGAACGUGUUUCCUCCCGAGAUCUUCCUCAGGUUGGAGGUUGUAAAGUUCCUCAGUUGCUCCUCAGUGACCCAGCUGAGGUAAAGUUCUGUAUCGACAUGUUUCCAGAUUCAGGUCAGAUGGAUGCUAACGUUCGACAUGUUAGCAUCGCUAACAUCAACACUGUUACUCACGAGGGAACAUGACUCGGCUAAUUCACUCAGAAACACCUCAGUGUCGUUUCCCUGAAUUCCUUCCAGAGUUUUCUACACGUGUCGUGUUCAGUUUUUACACUGUAUUUCGUAGUUUACUGAAUUUUUACAGAAUUUUAACUUGAUGUUUUGUGAAUUUGCAUAAAAAUAUUGUAGCAUGUGUGAUAUUUUAUUUUUAAAUGUUUUUUUUUCCC